GAUUGAUUGAGGCAGAAGGAAAGACAUAUAAUAAUAUGAUGGAGCAAGUAAACAUAGAAAUUGAUUUAAUCUUAUUCAUUCUUGAAAUGAUUCUAUUAAGAAAAACAAGUCAUGAAAAAAAAAGGUUGAUUUAGUUUGAAGGAAAAAGGUGAAAUUAUGAAUGUUUGAAGAAAAAUAAAUAGUUUUGUUUUGAUUGAGAGAGUGAUGGGAGAAGGAAAUGGUUAUUCAGAAAACUGGUUCAGAAACACAAGUGAAGAAAUGUUCGUAAAGUCGUUGAUGGAGGCGCCGACGAUGGAGAUUUUAGGAUUGAAGGGUAUUCAUUGUCUUCAUCAACAUAACACCUUUCGAACCGACAGUGAAGAGCUUUUCAAAUCAUGGCUUACUAAUGGAGAGAAUCCCUCGUCAAGCAUAGCGCAUCGCACCCGCCAAGCAUCGCGGAGGAUUUCUACUGAACUAGCCAAUUUGAGUCAUCACCAACCUGGUGGUUCACUCCAAAACAAAAGAAGCAAUGAUGUGUUAUCUGCACAAAACAAUCAUGCGCCUCUCGACGCUUCCACCGACUUCAACCAGCAACCGAUUAGGAAUGCUGUCGAACAAAAUAUGCAGGCCAGUAACUUGUAUUUGGCCAAGGCCUGGUCUCAACCCAUGACAAGAAGUCGAUCCUCUGAACUACGGAAGCGAUAUGCUGCUAGCAACAGCUUCAAGCAAGAUUUUGCAGAUGCAAAUGUUUCCAGUGACCCUCAUCCGCAUGAUAUCGCCAAUCAAUUCAUGUCCGCGUCCAAUUCAUCUUCAUCUAAUCUCAAUACGCCACAAAUGGGAGAUAUUGAUAAAGUGUCUUCAGUUGUGAGCAUGCUGAAGGGAACACUCGAACGCAAAAAGCUCAGUAGCCAGAUUGAGAAACAGACUGCUCAAGAAAUUGUAAUGGAUACAAGCUUUCAUCAAAACAUUCAUGAGAUUCCAUUAAGCUUUCAAGAAAGGUCCAAUGGCCAAGUUCUUCAAACAGUUGAGGAAGCUAUAGAUCUUGAGCUAGAAGGUUUUGUAAAUCCUAUAAAUCCAGUUCAUUUGAGCACAGUUUCUCGAGAACCGUCACAAAGUGAAUCAUCUACUGCUGCGCCAGUAGUUUCAUCUGGUUUUGAUACAUGUGACGGUCUCAGUAACUCAAGUCAGUAUGUUGAGAGCUCAAGCCAACAUUUUGGCAAGAAAGUCACUAGUCCAGAGAAUGACCCUAAAGCAAAAGAUUUCAGAGGGCGGAUUAUAGAAAAUUUGAAGGAUGAUAGGAAGAGGGGAGGCUUGGUUCGACAUGGGUCUAUUACGUCAGCUGCUUCAGUGGACACAACAAAGAAGCGGAGGGUGGAACGUUCAAGAAAAAUGGCAGAGGCAAAGGAAAGAAAUUUAACACCACCAAUUCCAUCGGAUAUGCAAUCUAUUAUGAAGCGAUGCGAAAAUCUUGAGAAGGAAGUGCGGUCUCUCAAACUCAACUUGUCUUUCAUGAAUAGGAAGGAUUCUGAGCAGACUAAGCAGAUAGAAGAGCUUCAGAAGAGCAACGAAGAGUUGGCAGAUGAAAAAGAAAGACUUGUCGAAGAAAUCGAGAGAAUCCUCUCAUAAACAGGCCAACUAUAAGACUUUCAAAGAGUAAAGGAUCAAUUCAACCAUUUAACUUGGAUUGAAAUCUCAAAAAAUAUAUAAUUUUCAGCAUUUUUUAAUAAUUAAACCCAUCACUUGUCCAAUAUGAAUCAUUUCAACCCCUGAACCGUAACAUUGAUUCAAUCUCGUGUCUUUCAAACAAACAGACAAGUGGUGAGUUUAAAUGUCAAAAAAUGCUAAACAUUACUUUUUUUUUGAACUAUUGAUUCAAGUUGAGGGAGUAAAUUGAUCCUUUGUCCGACUUUCAUACUGACUUAGAGCAGCAGCAGCAACUCUCCAGUCGAAAAUGCAACAAUUCAUAGAAAAUCGGCCUUCAUACCUGGGUGAUUUGUUAGCUAAUCAACUAUGUAUGAAUUUUGUGUUCUUAAAAGCAGGGGAUAAUUGCAAGGACUAAUAGUUUCCAUAUGAACCAGUAGAUCAGUGCAAGUUUCAAACUUGAAAAUUGCAUUACUGGUGAGGAAACUUUAAUUUCAAUGCUGCAUACAUGUUGAAAAUAAUUUGGAAUAGUCUAUUAUUAAAUAAGGCGAGUAGUACAUACUAAAAUAAACACGGAAGGGGGCGAGAGAUAGAGAGACCUUACGGAAAUCAAAACACAUUUUUUUCUUGUUCAAUCAAUUCCUGAACCUUCAAAAUCAGACAAUAUUAGUUAGCACAUUAGAGUUGUCUUGUAAGAUAAUACCCUAUACACUGAACACUACUUCCCACAUACAUGCAUUGUUUGAUGUAAAUGUAAAUUGCUAUUGUUAUUGCUAUUGCAAGCCGUUGGCGAGAAAACAGAUGAAAAUAAGGUAUCUCCCAGGCAAUUUAACCUGCAACUUUCAUAUCAAAAAAUGGUGUUACCUAUAGCCUUCCACCACAUAUGUAUACAUUUAAUGAAUAAACACUAUUAACCCCCUAAAGUUAGAUUAAAAUUACUGCCUGUCUCUAAAUUUUGAAAACUCAUUGUUCCCUCACUGACAUUUUAAUUCAUGUGUAUCAAAUACCUAACUUGCUAAAUGUUAGAGAGGAAACAGUAAUUUUUAAAAAUAUAAGGAAAAAACAGCAAUUUUGACCUGACUUCAAGGGGUUGAUACUAAUUAUCUCUAUAUUUUACAUCAUCCAGCAGCAGUGCAAGUUAGAAAUCCAAAUCAUACUUGCAAUCCCCCAACCUAGUAGGUGUAUCUUUUGUAAAUCUCCGAUAAACCAAGCCUUUUCCCAUACUGGAGUGCUAACCAACCCGCAAUUGACAAGUAAGCCACAAGAAAACAAAUGCGCUUAAAGAAGACCAUUUUAAUGGUUCGACCGAACAUCCGUGCAGCAUAGGUUUGGGACAACCGUGACUUCAUAUGAUGUAUGAUACUUAUAAAGCUGAUGGAGAUCAAGGAUGUUGAAAAACCAGUAACAAUUCCAGCUACUGUUUCCCACCUCCAAUAAUUUGCAUUGCCCUUCUUUUGUACAAAUAAUGAGCGUAAAGUCUUGAUGGAC